AUGCCCCUUCUCCGUCACUGCUUUCCCAUCCACGUCUCCCUCAUCAUCAUCGAUCCCAACAACCCAAACAACCCCGCUUCCCUCCACGACUUCCCCGACCUCCCCGAAUUCGACCUCGACCGGCAACUCCGCGACCCGAACUGCACCGACCUGCAGCGCCUCUUCGACAGCUCCACCCCCCACCCGCAGACCCCCCGUCCAAUUCGGCGUGAAACUCGCACUCGCGUACACGGAGCCGACUUCGAAGGCGAGGCCAUCGUCUUCGACGUCCUGAUUGACGGCCACGAAGUCGCGCGCGUGGUCUACGGCAACUACCCGACCCCGUAUCCCAAUGCGGUCUACGUCGUCCCCGGCGUGCUGGCGGGGGAGAAGGUAGGCGGACGCAUGUUCGCGUUCGUCGCACUGGACGUGCGCGAGGACGGCGAGGAAGGCGAGGAGGAGCUUUUGCAGCGCGGCGGGGGCGAGCAGACUUACCAGAAUCCCGAGUUCGGGUCUGUCGUGGUGCACGUGUCGCAUGUUUGGGGCCGGACAGCGCCGCCUGAACCGGGCCCGUUGAGUGAGAUCCGCGGGAUCGCGCCCGUGCCCGACGCGCAAGUCCUGUCUCUCAUCACCAGCACUUCCGCCCUGCCCAUCCACCGCACGAAGCUCAUAGGCACCAUAAUCAUGCACUACCGCGGCAUCGACAGUCUGUGCGCAGGCGGUAUACUGCCCGACUACCGCGACGCGGCAGCCAUGUCUGGUCUGCGGAAGCAGGUCGUUACCAAGCUGAGUCGCAAUGAAUUGGUCGCGCUGGUGCAGUGGUAUGAAUGGAGGGACGAGAGGGCGGCAAGGGAGAGGCAGAUGGCGGAGCAAGGAAAAGGGAAAGGGAGGGAGAGGAUGGAGGAUGCAGGGGCUGGAUCGGCGUCGGCGAAGGGGCAUACGACUGGUGCUGGGGGGAUGAAUACCGAUGCGACGUUCAGUGGGUAUCGAUGA